GAUGCCAAGCCCAGCCACUGAAGAUGCCAUACCUUACGCUUCCCAUUCAGCUACUGAAGUUGAUUGGCAACUCCAUCCACCACCACCAUUGCUGCUGACUCCAUUUAUCGUGGGUGAGCGCAACAUCAUCUGCGAAACCGUAGUUGGUGACCAAGAAAAGACCAGAGAAAAUGACGGGAAGUGAAGAAAAGAGUGAGAAAAUGGUCAGGCAGAAGAGAGACAGAAGCCUACUCGCCUUCACCGGAGCUGCAGCUGUACUUGCAAUUGCCGUCAACCUUGCCAUCACCGCCAUCAAGCAUCAUAAGGAGAAAAAUCGAAGGAAAAAAGAUCUUCCGGGUUCCAAUGUGCGUAUUAACCUAUCAAAAUCUGAGAUUCUUAAGUUGGCUGACCAAAUCAUUGCUAAGUCAAAAGAGGUCCAUGAUGCUGUUGCCUCAGUCCCCCUUGACAAGGCUACAUACAUGAACGUCAUAUCACCUCUAGCAGAACUUGAAGCACAGCAAUUCCCGUUGAUACAAUCUUGUGUUUUUCCAAAGCUGGUAUCUUCUGUGGAGGAUGUACGCAAAGCUAGUGCAGAAGCAGAAAGAAAAAUAGAUGCUCAUCUUAACUUGUGCAGCAAACGUGAAGAUGUAUAUCUUGCUGUCAAGGCAUUUGCAGCAAGGGGGGAGUGGAUGAGUGCUGAAGCCAAAUGCUUUGUUCAAACUCUGGUGAGAGACUUUGAGCGAAAUGGAUUGAACCUCACUGCAACCAAGAGAGAAGAGUUACUGCGUUUAAGAGCUCAGAUUGAUGAAUUAAGCUUAAGAUAUGUCCAAAAUCUUAGCGACGAUAGCAGUUUUCUUCUCUUCAAUGAGUCAGAGUUAGCUGGAUCGCCUCCAGAGUUUCUCAAGGCUUUAGAUAAAUCUGAAGACGGAAAAGUGAAGAUCUCUUUGAGAAGUCAUCAUGUUGCAGCUGUACUUGAACUUUGCAAGGUAGGAACUACAAGGCGGAUGGUAGCUAGAGCAUACGGGAAGAGAUCUGGAGAAGUCAAUCUUUCACUUUUGGAAAAUCUGGUGGAACAACGACAUAAAUAUGCCCGGUUACUUGGGUAUUCAAACUAUGCUGAAUAUGUUGUUGAUAUUAGGAUGGCGAGGACACCUACAAAGGUGUUUGAGUUCCUAGAAGAGAUAUCAUCCAGUUUAGAUGACUUGGCCAUGAAGGAACUUGAUUUGUUGAAAAAUAUGAAGAAGAAAGAAGAAGGAGAGCUUCCAUUUGGAAUUGAGGAUUUACCGUAUUACAUAAAACGAGUUGAAGAGCAGAAUUAUAGUCUGGAUUUCAUCGAGCUCAAACAAUACUUUCCAAUUAGUUUAGUUCUAUCUGGGAUCUUCAAAAUUCUCCAAGAUAUAUUUGGUUUAAGGUUUGAGGAAAUUGUUGGUGCUGAGGUUUGGCAUUCUGAUGUUCGUGUUUUCUCAGUACUUGAUUUAGGUUCUGGUGAAUUAUUGGGUUAUUGCUACCUUGAUUUGUACGCAAGGGAAGGUAAAUAUGGCCAUACUUGUGUGGUGGCUCUUCAAAACAAUGCCUCAACAAUCAGUCAGGCGCGGCAGGUUCCAGUUGCAUUAUUGAUCUCUCAGUGUCAAAGGGAUGCUGGCAGUAAUUCUGGAUUAUUGCGAUUUUCUGAAGUGGUUGGUCUUCUCCAUGAGUUUGGGCACGUGGUUCAACAAAUCUGCAAUCGCGCAUCAUUUUCUAGACUUUCUGGGCUGCGUGUUGAUCCUGACUUUGUGGAAAUCCCUGCUCAGGUGCUAGAAAAUUGGUGUUAUGAAAGCUCUUCUUUGAAAUUGAUAAGUGGAUUCUAUCAGGACAUUACAAAGCCCUUACAGGAAGACGUAUGUAAAUCAAUUAAAAGAUGGAGGAAUUCUUUUUCUGCACUCAAACUAAAGCAAGAGAUUCUUUACUGUCUUUUUGAUCAAAUCAUACAUUCUGCUGAUAAUGUAGACAUUCUAGAGUUGUUCAAGCAUCUUCACCCUAAGGUGAUGUUAGGCUUGCCGAUGUUAGAAGGAACCAAUCCAGCUUCAUGUUUUCCUUCCAGUGUCAUAGGCUAUGAGGCUGCUUGCUACAGUCGUAUUUGGAGCCAGGCUUUUGCUGCUGAUAUAUUUGCCUCAAAAUUUGGCAAUGAUGUUUCAAAUUCAAACCAUCACGUUGGCAUGCAAUUCAGGAACAAGGUAUUGGCCCCAGGGGGAUCAAAGGAUCCCAUUGAAGUUUUAUCGGCCUUUCUGGGAAGAGAACCGUCAAUUCAGGCUUAUAUCAAUAGCAGAGCCAACUGUACUUUGUAGGGAAUUUGAGAGUAUCGUCUGUCGGCUCAUUACCUUACACCCUGGUUUUAUUUAUUGGCCUAUAAAUUUGUCCAUUUAUUGAGCUUCGUUGAUAAAGAUAAGAUGUUAUGAUAAUUGUGCAGUUAAAUUUAUAUGCUUGGGUUAAUUAUGCAGUUUUUUUUUUUUUUUUACUUUUUUUCCCAGAAGCACCCAAAUACCAGCUGACCCAAUAAAAAUUUAUCAAAGGCCUUCAAUCUCAAUCCGAGCCGAAGUUCCUUUCAUUGACGUUCAGAACGCGUGAUUUUGAUGUGACCGACGACAGUGUCGUCUUGAAUUGUGUCCUGGCCAAUUGAUGUUUUCUGGGGCAUUUCUCGCUCGUUUCGUCGCUGUUUUCUUCAGCUUUGACCAUCGAGUGGCGACCAAACGGAUCCCAAAGAAAGAGAAGAAUGGUUGAAUUUGAAUCAGAGGAAAUGUUUUAAUGCGUGCUGGUAAUGAAUAUCUUUCCGGGUCAACAAACAACGACGAGGAAGAUUAAGCCGUGUUUGCUCUAUGAAACAGAAGGACAGAAAGGGGAAUCAGCGGAACAUUCUUCGUAUUUCUCUCUCGUCUCAAGUCGAA